AUGAUACUUGAAGCACCCUUCAUGGCAAUAAUAUUGGCUGAUGAUUCGUUUCAAGAAUACCCAUUUAUGACAGGAGUAAUAAUUUCAAAUCAAUGGGUUCUAACGACAGCAAAGGUUCUAAAACUACAAGCAGAUAAGCGAUUGAAAAUUUUAACCGGUGUGAGUAACUUAUCUUCUUUUGACGAAGGAAAUGUCAACAGUGUUCUUUAUUGCAAACUGCAUCCACAAUACAAUUCAGAUGAGAUCUAUAACGAUAUUGCGUUAAUUAAGCUGGCAAGACCAAUUGUUUUUAAUGAAAAAGAAGGAAUGCUUCCUUUAAUGUCACUAAACGAUGUUCCUUAUCCACCGAUGCAUUAUAAUAGCAAAAGAAGAAAUUUAACUGUCUUCAACUAUGGAAGUGCUCUCGAAAAACAAUAUGGUGUUUUGAAGAAAAAUGUCAUUGGUAUCAAUACUGGAGUAGUCAAUUUGAGAGAAAGCAUUUUUGUAGCCGCUCAAAGAUCGAUACCAACUUGUUAUGGUGACAGUGGAAGCCCCGCGAUUGUAGAUGGGAAAUUGGUUGGACUUUUGAUAAUUGAGGAUCGUUGUAACCACAAUUUUCCAAAUGUAUUUGUCAGUAUUUUGCACUACUACGAUUGGAUAAGACACGUAAUUCGCUAUUAA